AUGUGCAGCUGCAGCAGCGGCGGUGGUGCUUUUCUAAUUUAUGUUGCGCUUAGUUUGCGGUCGAUCGAGGUGCAUUGGAGAAGACCUCAAGUGCACACAUAAGCCAUUUUUUUGUGUGUUACUGCGCCGCUAUUGUACCCGUUCCGCGUGCGCGCGGAGGGUCUUCAGGGGAAGGGAAGAGUGUGUUUAGCUGCUUUUCGAGCCACGUGAAGUGGCUCCAGGACCGUACGGCAGUUGAAGAGCCCGCGGCAUUGGAUCUCCGGAUUGUGGUUGCUGCGGGAAUUGUCGAGCCGAUGAUCAUCUACCUACUCGGUGAACUAGCAGCGAGCGAGCGAGCGCGGAGGGCGAAAAGAGACGAAAAAUUGUGAAAUCGGCAUAAUCGAAUGUGAAAAUAUCGGUUUCUGCUUGAUUUGUGCCUACUUGGAUUGCGGAGUGUACAACGCCUAAAAAGUUUUUGAUUCGGCUGAAGAACCAUCCAGCGGCAAGAAGAAAACAGCUGUAAAAGUGAUCAUUAACAUAGUUUUCCAUCCCUCCCAAAGAAGAGAGUGUGCGUGUGUCUGACUUCAGCGAGUGCUUAGUGAAACGGGCGGCAUUUAAAAUCAAAUUAAGAUUUUGUUUUUUGGGCGCUAAAGUGUGAGGAAAGGGAAACAAUUGAAUUGCUCUCGGUGUUUUGUGGUUGCGGUCAGUGGUCGUUAUUUCGCGGUGUGCUCGAGAAGAAAGCCCUACUGAACUUGAAGAGCGAGAAAGCGGAUUGAAGUAGGAGUAGCAGAAGAAUCAGCAGCAGCAGCAACAACAGUCUCCAACGUUUCGAGAUACCAGCGAGCGAGCUUCGUCCGGAUUAGAAGCACUUUCGCCAUCUCUAUGACCGGGCGAUAGCAGCACCGUUUCCUCCUCCCUACCUCCCUCGUAUCCCCAUAGGCCACGCCACGUCACACCAUGGACAAGCUAGAGCUCGCGAUACGGAGAGAGAUCGAUGAGCUGAACACGAGCAUUUCGCUCAUCGAUCGCCUCGACUCGACCGACACGAUGGACGACGAGAAGCAGGAACAGCUGCUCUCGUCGACGCGGGCCGUCUUCGACAACGUCAACUCGAGCCACGCCAAGAACAGCCUGACGGAUUCGCAGAUUUCGAUCAUUUCGAAGCAUGACGGCUAUCCGGACUCGGGACACUUUUACGCGACACCGCUGACGCCGACCACGGACAGCAGCGGCGAGUGUUGCGACAAGCUCGGGACGAACUGCACCUCGAUGUCCGACGGGGACCGGACACUGAUGACGGACAGCAGCGGGAUGAUGCGAGUUACCAGCGAUACCAGCACAAAGGACACCAAGGCGGAGACGAGCACCAGCUUCACGGAGUCCAGCAAAGGCAACAGCAAACAGAAGAGCAAGAGCAAGAAAGACUCCAAAGGGGACAAGAAGGCGGCCGCAGCGGCGGCGGCCAAACAGAAGAAAGCUGCGGCGGCAGCAGCUGCCGGUAACAAAACUGCUGCCGGUGUUGAUCAGUAUUCUCCCAAUGGCGGGAACUCCUCAUUAGUCAGUUUUCUGUUCCCACCAGGAUCUCCGCACCUGAAGAAGAAGAGCCUUCCGUCGACGGUGGUCCUCGGGGUGCUCCAGCUGCUGUUCAGUGUGACCCUGGCAGCCCUCGGCGGGCUGGUGCUGGCGCGGAAUGCCUCCCUGGCCAUGGCCGGAACGGGCCUCUGGUGUGGUGCCAUCUCCGGGAUCGCCGGCUCACUGGGGCUGAUGAACGUCAAGAUGGCCAAGACGGGCUUCCUGGCGGUGAACCUGAUCUGCGUUGCGUCCAGCACGCUCGGCCUGGCCCUGACCGGGAUCGGUGCCGUGCGCGAUGCCAACCUGGCUCAGCAGGAUGAGUCGGUCUGGGUCGCAGUGACAGCAGGUUCCGGACUGUUGAUGGCGCUGGCGUUGCAUUUCCUUGUGAGCGUCUUCUCAGUAUACUACUCGGCGCUGAAGCUUUGCUCUAGGCCCUCGCAAAAGUCCCAACUGAUUGAGAACGUCAUCAACAGCAGCUCGCCGGGUUCGCAGGCGUUCAUGUCCCAGCAGAAGGUCGAAGACUACAUCAACUCGCUGCAGGUGGACCCCUCCAUCAAGGACAUGAUGUACCAAUCGAUGCUGAAGCGUGGCUACGGAUCGGUGUACGGCGAAAAGCACCGAACGGACACGUUCAGCAACGGUACCGGCGGUGGCGGGUCGCGUCCCGUCAUGCUGGUUCCUGCCUGUGCAGGCAAUGGGAUUUCACAGAUGAUGCAGAUGUACCCGUCGCCUCCGCCGACAGCCGGCGACCCGCGGAUGAUGUAUCCUUCCAAUCUGAUGCCUCCGGGCGUCCCGCAAUAUCCUCCAAUGUAUCCGGACACGGCUCUACUGGAAGCCCACAUAGCUCGCGUCAACCGGAAGCGUUCGAUGCGUUCCAGCUCGGAGACCGAGCAGGCUUCGGAGGAUCAGGAGGAUCAGCGUGGCCACCGUCAUCGGCAUCACCAUCACCACAAUCAGGAGAAGACAUUCACCUACACCGGACUGGACAGAGACAUUGCCGAUAGCUAUCUGGCGAAGGAGGAGGAGAAGCUGAACAGUAGCAGUAUCGUGAAUACCGGAGCGGUUGGCGGAACGGAAACCCUGAACCGUCACCCCGCAAAGGAGGGUGUCGAACGGGCUACGUCGCCUCCACUGACCUACCAUCACGAUCUGAUGCUGAUCGAUCAUCGACAUCACUUCGAACGCUAUCAGGAUGUGCAGAUGUGAGGUGGUGUGUGAUCGACGGGAAGGUACAGAAGAAGGAUUAAGGGAAGGAUUCGAGUCUUUGCUAGCACGUAAGUCAUUCGUAGAUCGGUAAGGAACCUCUGCUCAAGUUGAUUUUAAUGUUGCAAUUAUGGAACUACUACUUGUGUAUAAAUCUGUGUACAUUUUAUUGUGUUUUAAAAAUAAAAUUUUAAGUUAUUAGUUACGGAGAUUAUGGAGACGACAGAGAUCACGGGGUUCAAAAGUCUUCAUCGCUUUGGUCCUGCUUGGCACUCCUCGCCAGGUUUGAGUUCUCCCUCGUCAGCUUUGUCAGACUUUCGUCAUCCUCGUCGUCGUCGUCAUCAUCCGAGCGGAGUUCGUCGAUAACUGCAAUAAAACCAAAA